AGAUCUUUACGUUCGCGGACGGAAGGAAAAGGAACCCCGCAGCACGUGAUCUCCGAUAAAGAGGCGAUGGUAGCCGGUGUGGGGUCCUGUGGCUUCUCCAUGUAGGUGGUGACAGCCUCGUCUCCUUCCCCAGGCUGGAAAGCAGCUGCUUUGGGUCUCACCAAAGCCUCGGGGGAUCCAUUUGGCCGGCGCAUUCAGCUCAUCUUGGUCUCUCCUUGAGUAGUGCUACUGGGCCUGAACGCAGAGUUUGGAGCGAGAGCGGUGCGUCUGAGUGAGAAGAACAAAUUCCUUGUUUCCAUUUUACCGAAAUCAGAAAUAUUAGCCGUCAGAAUGUGCUGAUCUAGAUUUGUAUGUUGGUAAUUUUCCUUGCAUAGAUUUCUAGAAUAUGAUCAAGAAUUAUUAGGAUUUUUAAGAUGGAAACUGGAACCACAAGUUCCAAGUUGGGAAAAGGUGAUCUUGAAGUGCUCGAGAGAUUCAUCUCAUAAUCUAGCUGGGGAAUCUGAAAAUGUUGAGGCGGAUUUGUUUGGGGCUGUCCAUUGCAUGCCUUGCUUUGAUUCUCGUCGAUGGUUCCUUUGCUGCAUUCACUCCUGCGGACAACUAUCUUCUCGCCUGCGGAUCUUCCCAGAAUGUGUCAGUCCAAGGCCAAGUCUUCCUUCCUGAUUCACAGCAAUCCUCCUUUUCUCUAAGAACCUCUGGAGAUGGUACCCUUUCCACCUCCGAUUCUGCCCUGCCAUCCCCAAUAUACCAAUCCCUUCGUAUCUUCUCGGAACCAGCCUCCUAUAACUUUUAUCUCCGGCAACAGGGCCGCCACUGGAUCCGUCUCUACUUCUAUCCUAUUGCCAAUUCCGGCCAUAACUUGAGCGCUGCUCCUUUAACCGUCAUCACAGAUGAGUUCGUCCUGAUGAACAACUUCACCUUCAAGAACUCAAACCGCACUUACCUGUUCAAGGAGUACUCGGUGAACGUGACCUCUGAUUGCUUGGCCCUCACUUUUAUCCCAUCACAUGGUUCUGUCUCAUUCGUGAAUGGGAUCGAAGUCGUCUCGGUUCCUGAUGAGCUGAUCUAUGACCAGGCUCUUGCAGUACCUAAUGCUCCUUUCAGUGGUCUCUCUGUGCUUGGUCUUGAGACCAUGUAUCGCUUGAAUAUGGGCGGUCCUUUGCUCACUCCACAGCAUGAUUCUCUCGGGAGGACUUGGGAAAAUGAUGCCAAGUACCUCCAUGUCAACAGCUCCGCCGUGAAGGCAUCUGCGGAUCUUGCGACCAUAACUUACCCUGAUGGAAUCACCAUUGAAACAGCACCGAGGUUGGUAUAUUCCACUGCAGAAACAAUGGGAGAUGCAAAUGUGACAGAUUUAAAUUUCAACAUCACCUGGGUUUUCUCGGUAGAUCCAAGCUUCCUUUACUUGAUCCGUUUUCACUUCUGUGAUAUCGUUAGCAAGGCUCUGAACACACUUGUGUUCAAUGUCUAUAUCAAUUCUGAUAUUGCUAUUGCCAGUUUGGAUUUGUCAUCACUGAAGGGUGAUCUAUCAGUGCCCUACUACAAGGAUUUUGUUUCCAACUCCUCGGAUGGUUCAAACACAAUGACCGUCAGCGUCGGUCCAGACGUAGUGGCUGAUUUCAGCAAUGCUAUACUGAAUGGACUGGAGAUCAUGAAGAUUAGCAACGGUGCGAAAAGCUUAGAUGGAGUCUAUGCUGUUAAGGACCUUCUUCCAGAGUCACCCCCAGGAAGGAAUAAGUUGGGAAUCGUAAUUGGAAUGGUCUUGGGAUCAAUGACUGUCAUUACACUGAUGACUUUGUGCUACUGCUGUUUCAUCGUUCGCAGGAGAAAGACUAAACCCCAUGAUCAUGCAUGGUUACCACUACCCUUUUAUGGCCACUCCCACACCAUCAGCAAAGUAUCGACAACUUCUCAGAAGAGUGGGACAGCAAGCUGCAUAUCUUUGGCAUCUACAAACCUUGGACGGGUUUUCAUGUUCCAAGAGAUCCUGGAUGCGACCAACAAGUUUGAUGAGAACUUGGUUCUUGGAGUGGGUGGGUUUGGAAAGGUCUACGAGGGGACACUAGAAGAUGGUACUAAGGUUGCUAUCAAGAGAGGGAAUCCGAGGUCUGAGCAAGGGCUGGCUGAAUUCCAGACAGAGAUUGAGAUGUUAUCCAAGCUCCGGCAUCGUCAUCUGGUCUCGCUCAUUGGCUACUGUGAUGAACGUUCUGAGAUGAUUUUGGUGUACGAAUACAUGGCAAAUGGACCCUUACGGAGCCAUCUAUACGGUGCCAACCUUCCAUCUCUGCAAUGGAGACAGCGCCUUGAGAUCUGCAUUGGUGCUGCAAGAGGGUUGCACUACCUCCACACCGGUGCAGCACAGAGCAUCAUCCACCGUGACGUGAAGACGACCAACAUUCUCUUGGAUGAGAACUUUGUUGCAAAGGUAGCAGACUUCGGUCUUUCGAAGACUGGCCCUGCUUUGGAUCAGACCCAUGUUAGCACCGCAGUGAAAGGGAGCUUCGGGUAUCUUGAUCCUGAGUACUUCAGGAGGCAGCAGCUGACCGAGAAGUCGGAUGUCUACUCCUUUGGUGUCGUAUUGCUGGAAGUUCUCUGUGCAAGGCCAGCUCUCAACCCGGUGCUCCCGAGGGAGCAGGUAAACAUCGCAGAGUGGGCAAUGAACUGGCAGAAGAAAGGAAUGCUGGAAAGAAUAGUAGAUCCAGCAUUGACAGGGAAAAUUAAUGCAACUUCCCUUAGAAAAUAUGGUGAUACAGCUGAAAAAUGCUUGGCAGAACAGGGAGUUGACAGGCCAACAAUGGGAGAUGUUCUAUGGAACCUCGAGUAUGCUCUCCAGCUCGAGGAGACUUCUUCGCUUGAUGACCCAUAUGAGAACAGCAUAAGGAGUAUUUCUGGUAUCGUACUACCACACAUGGAACCCCUUGACAACAGCAUUAGUGUCGUCGAGGGAGCAAACACCGGUUCCGAAAACGACGCAGAAGAUGCUACGACAAGUGCAGUGUUCUCUCAGAUUGUAAACCCUCGAGGGAGAUAAAAGAUCGACGGCAUUCCUGCUUCAGAAUUGGUCUUGCAUGCCAUGUUGUUCUCUCUUCCAUCAUCUUGUUUCCAUUUGUAACACACCUGUCGGUUUAAGGAGGUUAUUAUGCUUCAGUGUUGUAGGUUAGACUUUUCCAGAUGUAAUGUGAGCUAAGUCAUCUUUUGAAAUAUGGAUGAUUGAGAUCAAAUGAUGAAGGACAGAGUUUACCUUCUUAGGCUAUCUACCAAUAAAGAGAGGAUGUCAACAUGUCAAGAUCUUAUGCUUGAGUUGAAUGUUUUGUUCUUUACUGUA